AUGCAUCAGAAGAAAUCAGAAAUCCAAAUCGGAAAAGAAAGCACCGGCAUCUCUUCCGAUUUCUCAACUACGCUAAAUCCGCAAUUCCCCAUCCUCCACCACUUCCAACAACAAAAUGACCCAAUUACCCCUCCUUCUUCCUGUUCUUCCCCAACUCCUUACAAAAGACCUCUCUUAACGACGACCACGACCCAUCAUAGCCAAACUCCCCAUCGUUCCAAUUCACUCUCCAAAUCCCCUACCAUUUACCAUUUUGCCACCCCCCAUCAACCCCAAUCUCUCUUUUCUGUCACCACUGCCGUUAAAGCCGCUACCUUCCGUUUUCUCCGCCGCCGUGUAGCUCGCCUGAAAGUGCACCUCCGCUUGAUUCUCUUGCUCUCGCUUCCCUUCUUUUAUUUCUUGGUUUCGCAUCCGAGUCAUUCGUUUUUACUUGAUUUUUUAUCUGCUUUUGCAUUUUCUGCUGCUUUGUUAUUGUCUCUUAAUUUAGCUUUGCCUAGAUUGCCUUCAAUUCGACUGUUUUUAUCUCGAUCAUUUGCUAUUAAUAAGCUUAGGAAUUCAGCAUCUAGACCGCCUAUACCGGUGUUUUGGUCAAUUGGCUCGAGGCCAAAACCAGAGAAAAGGGCGAAUUCUGGUUGUUUUGUUCAGGUGUAUAGUAACGGAGACGUUUAUGAAGGUGAAUUUCAUAAGGGAAAGUGUUCAGGAAGUGGGGUUUAUUAUUAUUAUAUGAGUGGAAGAUAUGAAGGGGAUUGGGUUGAUGGGAAAUAUGAUGGCUAUGGAGUGGAAACUUGGGCCAGAGGGAGUCGAUAUCGAGGGCAAUAUAGGCAAGGACUUAGACAUGGAUUUGGGGUGUAUAGGUUUUAUACAGGAGAUGUUUAUGCUGGUGAAUGGUCUAAUGGACAAAGUCAUGGUUGUGGAGUUCAUACUUGUGAGGAUGGGAGUCGUUACGUUGGUGAAUUUAAGUGGGGUGUCAAGCACGGACUCGGGCAUUACCAUUUCAGGAAUGGGGAUACAUAUGCUGGAGAAUAUUUUGCGGACAAGAUGCAUGGCUUUGGUGUCUAUCGUUUUGCAAAUGGGCAUCGGUAUGAGGGAGCCUGGCAUGAGGGUAGAAGGCAAGGCCUUGGAAUGUACACGUUCAGAAAUGGGGAGACGCAGUCUGGUCACUGGCAAAAUGGAAUUCUUGAUGUCCCAAGCACGCAGAACGCCUCUUAUCCUGUAUCUCCUGUUGCUGUUAAUCAUUCCAAAGUGCUCAAUGCAGUGCAGGAAGCACGACGAGCGGCGGAAAAGGCAUAUGAUGUUGCAAAAGUUGAUGAAAGGGUGAAUAGGGGAGUAGCAGCAGCUAACAGGGCAGCUAAUGCAGCUAGAGUGGCAGCAAUUAAGGCUGUCCAGAAACAAAUGCAUCAUAACAAUAACAAUGAUGACAUUCCAAUUCCAAUUGUGUGA